AUGGAGGGCCCCGCGAAGCCCAAGCUACCAGACGCGUACGCGGACCUCGAAGUGAGCCCAGCAGCCUCUAGUGCCGAGAUCAAGACCGCCUUCCACCGCCUCGCUCUCCUCCACCAUCCCGACAAGAAGGCGCCAGGCGAAGCUGUCGAUGCAGCCGACUUCCGACGAAUCCAAGAAGCCUACGACAUCCUGAGGGAUUCGAAAGGCAAAGCGCGCUAUGAUCAGUCUUAUAGCAGUAUACGGACACAAUGGGACACCUACAGGAGGGAACAUGCCGAAUACAUGCGGAACCCGAAUGCAUGGCGGCAGAAGCAAUCCGCAGAGAGGAUACGUGCUCAGGCCGAAUCGGAUCGCCGUGCGGCGGCCAUGCGACGGGCGGCGCAGGAGCAAGCGUGGGCAGAGGCAGAGGCAUUCUACGAGGACGAAUACGAGUACGAGUACGACGACGAUAGUGAUUACGAAUACUACUCUGGCGGCUAUGGCCCUAGCUUUGGAGGUGGCCGCUUCGGUGGUGGCUUUGAAGGCUUUGACAGCUACGACCCGGAGGAAAUUCUCUUGGCAGAGUUACUCCGACGGCGCGAGAACUUCGAAGCUGCGGCUAGACGUAAUGCUGAAGAGAGGGCCAGGAAAUCGGCAAUCGAAGACAUCAACAAGCAAUGUAUCGAGCGACUAAAGAAGGCGGCUGCGGCUCGACAAGCAGAAGAUGAUGGUAUACGUAUCGUCGACCCAGAAAAGAAGCGCGCCAUGGCGCAAUUAUGGGUCAUCAGCUUGCAACGCGAUUAUGAUUCUGAACUCCGGAAGGCUGGGUUACGUCCCGACGACGACUCCGUUAUGGAUCUAGGGUGGGAACGGAAGAAGGGGAGACAAACUUGCCUGUUUUGCGCUGCUCACGUACAGGAAUACAGUUAUCGCUGUCCAAGUGGCGGAGCUGUUGCCUGCCGGGGUUGUAAGAAGAAGAUCGAAGCGUCAUCCCCAAUUCACCCGUUCAAUUUUCACGGCACUGGCGUGGCGCCAAAGAAGGGGAAGGGAAAAAAAGGCAAGGGCGGAAAGAAGCCUCAGACGACUAAACGCCACUCUGAUCCGGAAGGAUCCGACUCGGUCGAGCGAGACCAGGACGAGGAGCAAACCAAUGGAGAUGAGGCAGAGCAACCACACAACGCGGAAGAGGAGGCCGCAAAGCGGGUAGCGGAAGAGCUUGCACGUAAGCAGGAAGCCGAGCGACAGAAACAGGAGCGCAAAGCCGAGGCGGCGCGACGGAAAGCAGAACGUGAAGAACAGGCCAAGCUCGCGCGAGAAGCUGCAGAGAAGGCUGCGCAGGAGAAGGCUGCGAAAGAGAAAGCUGAAGCGGCGAAAGCUGCACGAGAGCUCGCAGCUGCGCAGGAAGCUGCCCGGCUAGUAGCGGGUAAGAAGAAGGAAGCUCGUGAGCAGGAAGCUAGGGAGAAGAAGGCAGCUCGGAAGAAGGCCGCAAAGGAAAGGGCCGCUCUAGAGAAGGCGGCACAAAAGAAAGUCGUUGAGGAGAAGACCCCAGGUGAACACGAAGUCCAAGAACAGAACGGCUCCGAGCAGGACGUUCAGAAAGCUCGUGAGGUUGCCGAAGAAGAGGCAACUCGAAAGGCUGAAAAAGAAGCGAAAGCAAAGACUAAGCGUGAGGCAAGGGAGCGUGCUGCGCUCGAGGCGAAGGAGCGUGAGACACAAGAAGCUGAAGAAUACGCAGCACACGAGGCUCAAGAGCGCGCGGAACGUGAAGCCAAAGAACGAGAGGCCGAGGUACUCGCAGCACAAGAGGCCAACUUUCGCGCCGAACUGGAAGCAAAAGAGACCGCAGAGCGCGAAGCCAGGGAAAUGUUAGAGCGCGUGGCUAGAGAGACAGUGGAGCGUGUUACUAGGGAGACUAUAGAACGUGUCACCAAGGAGACGGUCGAGCGUCUAAACAGGGAAAUGGCAGAGCGUGACGCAAAGGCUGCUGCAGAACAACAAGCCCAAACCUUCGCAGAAGCAGGCAAUGCGAACGGGUACGAGAACGUAGAGCAGGUGUCGGAACCCUCCUUAACGAACACGCCGCCCGUCGAGCCCUUGGUCGCCACCGAUUCAGCAAUUUCCAAGAAGACCAAGAAGAAAGCGACUCGUCCACCAGCCACCUGCUACACCUGUAACGAGCAAGGCCAUUUCGCCCGCGACUGUUCCAUGAAGCCUGUCGAAGCCACCGCCGAUAAUAAACCCCAACCUCACGCUGGUACAGGGCCUGCGCCGAAGAUUGAGGUGACUAGUAAACCGCCGCCACCAACACCUGCACCCGCAAAGGUUGUGGUCAAGCUUCCGGUCCCUCGUAAAUCCAAGGCAAAAGAGGUUACGAACAACACCACUCCUGUGACCCGCGAGACCACUGCACCUUCCAUGGACGCCGCGGCUCCUCAAAAGCCUGCUAAACCAAUCAGAGCGCCAAAGAAGAAAGCUUUACGUCCAGCGCCUCCGGGGGGCCAAGGUGUCAAUAGCGUCCCUACUUUGAUUGAUCAACCCUCCAUUCUGCCUCCCACCAACGGUACCUCAAACGUGUCUUUUUCCGAGCAGACAAGCAAGCCAGCCAAGAAGCCGAAGGUGAAAGGCCCAUUGGCUUGCUAUGUGUGCAAAGAGGUAGGACACAAAGCGAAGGACUGUCCUGCGAAGAGUGAAGGACACAUGUUCAAUGUCGUCAAUUACUGGUAG